UUUUCACAUUUUUAUGAAAUUUUCAUAUUUUUCCGAAAUUUUCACAUUUUUCUGAAAUUUUCACAUUUUUCUCGAAAUUUUCACAUUUUUUUUAAAUUUUCACAUUUUUCUGAAAUUUUCACAUUUUUCUUGAAAUUUUCACAUUUUUCUUGA